AUGAAUCCCAUUUAAUUUUCAUAAUUUGUUGUUAACUCUAUUACAAAGCACUACUUUAAGGAAGUCGCUUAGGGAGCCCUUAGACCUGGUUAAGUUAGACGUGAAGUAAAAUCAGUUUACAAGGACUACAAUCCCUUGAAGAUCCACAUUUUUAAAUACAAACACCCAAGAAUGCUUGAAAUUCCUAUGCCUGGUCAUUAAAGAAGAGCUGAAAGAGUAGAAGCACAAAGAAGAAGAAAUAGAGAAUAAAUUAAUUUCUUUUGUAGAUAUGUUCUUGCUAAGCAAGGAAAGACUAUUCCUUAUAAUUGA